CUUUUAUUUUCUAAAAAGAACCCCAAAUCGCCAUCCCCUGAAACCCUAGAUUACGAAAAGUCUCUCCUCGAAGCAUCUCCAAUGGCGACGAUCAGCUUGCGAAAGGGAAACACAAGGCUACCACCGGAGGUGAACAGAGUUCUCUACGUACGCAACUUACCUUUCAACAUCACAAGUGAGGAGAUGUACGAUAUCUUCGGCAAGUACGGCGCAAUACGGCAGAUUCGUCUCGGCACCAACAAGGACACUCGCGGCACCGCCUUCGUCGUCUACGAAGACAUCUACGACGCCAAGACCGCCGUCGACCACCUGUCUGGUUUCAACGUUGCCAAUCGGUACCUGAUUGUGCUGUAUUAUCAACAGGCGAAAAUGAGUAAGAAGUUUGAUCAGAAGAAGAAGGAAGAGGAGCUUACGAAGUUGCAGGAGAAGUAUGGUGUUACUGCUAAAGAUCUCCAGUGAGUUUAUUUUACUAUACGGAUCGUAAUCUAAUAUCUAGGGUUUGAUGUUUCCUGCUGAAUUUUAGGGUUUCUUGUAUGGAAUUUUCAGAACUAUUUCACAGGAAAGUUGUAAAAUGUUGAAGUCGUUGAAUUUUAAUGCUAUAAAGUAUAAACUCA